CUGUCAAAAUUGCGGUUAUUGGUGGAAGUGGACUUUAUAAUUUUGACCAUUUAACUCCGAUAAGAGAGAUUUGUCCGGAAACUCCGUGGGGUUAUCCUAGCAGUAACAUCGUUAUAGUUGAGGACCCUCGUGGUUCUCAAAUUGCAUUUCUUUCUCGACAUGGCAUUGGACAUCAAUACAAUCCUUCUGAAGUGCCGUCAAGAGCAAACAUAGCUGCCUUGAAACAUAUUGGCGUGGAAGUUAUUAUUGCCUUUUCAGCUGUUGGAUCUCUUCGAGAAGAAAUAAAGCAUCAAGACUUUAUCCUUCCAGAUCAGAUUAUAGAUCGGACAAAAGGAAUUCGACCUUCUACUUUUUUUGAAGGUGGAAUCGUGGCUCAUACAACAUUUGCCGACCCUUUUAAUACAUUACUUUCCGAAAUUAUUUAUUCCCACCGACAUUGCCUUGGGGAAAACAUCACUUUACAUCGCAACAAAACGGUUGUAUGUAUAGAAGGACCUGCGUUUAGUACAAGAGCUGAAUCACACUUAUAUCGAAGUUGGGGAUGUGACAUUGUUAAUAUGUCUGCAUUGCCCGAAGCAAAAUUAGCAAAAGAAGCUGAAAUUGCUUAUCAAAUGAUAUGCAUGUCAACCGAUUAUGAUUGUUGGAAGCAAGAUGAAGAAUCCGUUUCUGUCGAAGUGGUAAUUUCAAAUUUAAAGAAGAAUGCAGAUAAUGCAAAAAAAUUAUUGGCAGAAAUACUGCCAGAUUUAGAGAAGGCGUUAGAGGAAGGAAAGUUUGAGGACAUGAAGGGAGUUAUGAAAGUAUCUUUCAAAAGAAGCCUCAAACAAGACGAACCAAAAACGUAUGAAACACCAGAUAGCGUACCAAUAAAGAGAAAUAAACAAGACGUGAAUUGGGAGGUUGAGUUUUUCUUUCAGUUAUUACCUUUCACUUUACCGGAACCAGACGCCUCCCAUAAAAUCAUGGUUUUGAAAGAUUUAAAAGAGGAAAAAACUAAACUACCCGAACCUGACGCAACAUACUUUGUUGACCCUUACGAUAGCGUCUAUGAAGCGGACGUCUCCUCCGUGUCUUCAGACGAAGAUUCAGAAUCUUUAGGCGGUGAACGUUUGGACUAUGAAAGUGCGGAAGAGAGUGAUUAUGAAGAAAUUACUCCGAAGAAGAAACGUUGCGGAGCUAUGUGGAGUUCUCAAUGCCGUCGUGCAGGUCGUUGUAUCUGCGCGGACGAAACUUUGGAUUAUAACGAUUAA